AUGAUAUCACCUCUACGUCCCUGGCUUGGAGACGUGGAUAGAUCUCUUAACUCGCUCUCUGCAAGCGGUCGCAUGGUGGAUGGAGGACGAGAAGGGUGCGGCAUAGUAGUCAGGCGUGGUUUUGACCUUCUAAACCGCUUACUGAACUUCGAUGAGAAACCUGGAGCUAUCUCCGUCGUCAUUCUGGUCUACCUGAGCGUCUGGAGUGAAAACUUUACCAUCCGAGCGUGUAUCAUGCGACACGAAGCUCCGUGGCGCUUUCAAGGUCUAGUCGAAUGGCGGAUAUUUCCUCUUGAGGAGCAGAGGUUCUCGAUAUGCAAAACUCACUUGUAUGUUUUCGAAUGCGGAGGUCAUGCACGACCUUCCCUAGAACUCAAGAACCUUACCGCAAACCUUGCACACGCAAAAGCUCACUCUGGGUUUACGCGUCGGUCUCAAGCAACCAGUUUCUCAGACUCACCGCAGCCACCACACGAUCCCGCCGUCGUCCUAUCACGGGUGGAGGAGAUGGGAGAGAAGAAACUUGCCAGGUUAGGCAGCGGUCGGAGAAGAGUGGUUAUAUUCGUUCCCGCGCGUUUAGAGAAGGGAUUUCGGCAGCCAUUGCGGGAUCUAAGGAUCAAGCUGGCGGAGGACAUUUGCGUAGAAAUUGUCAGAUGUUUGGCGAAGCUCACCAAUAGUGCGGUGAUCUGGGAUGGCGAAGCGCCUGAUUUGGCCCUCAGAACAUCCUUACAAAGCCUAAAAAGGAUGUUUCGCGUCGUUCUGUCACUUGUUAGUCAACUAGUGUCUAUACAAAUCUGCGCAGUAAUGACUCGAGGCGGCGUAGUUGAUGUGGUGUGUCCAAUUAGCGAAGGUUUCUCGCUGCGGAGGCAAAACACUUGUAGCGUGCGGCCUUUGAGGAUGGCCGGAGGUGAAAGGGGUCUCUCGUCUCUCGCCAUCACAAAGUCCGAUUGUUUUGCCAACCACAACACCCUCAACAUUACCUUCUGCUCAUGCCCUUGGAAUGGAGUUGCCAGCUUCCCAAUUCACGUUUUCGACGUCUCAGCCAUCCGCACGUCAAACAGGGGCUUGCAGCGACGGCACCGACCUGCACUUCAACUGCAAGCAUUUACAGGCCGUUAUUUCAGGCCUCCGCAGCGAUACGCCCGAGUGCCAUCCCGCGCGGGACUCUUUGCUGUUCUUGUCACACGGUCGAGGUAA